AAGAAAUUGACAUGGGCGGAGUUUUCUGUUUUCUUUGUUAAACUUAUUGGUCUAAAUAAAAACACACGUGAUACAACAAUUUAACAUCCGGCCUUGAUCUCUUCUUGAACAUUCUUCAUUUGAGAUUUUUAGGAGCGCAUCUUAAACCUUUUCCGGUACCUCAAAGCUAAUUAAAGACUUCGUGGUCACCUGGACAAUAAUGAGCUACUUUGGAUACAUUCAUACCAAAAUGUACAUCAGAAGAAAGAGAGUUAAAAUCAGAUUUUUACAGAAUCAGAUAAAAUUUAUGAAAAAGUACAAGAAAACUCUUCUUUGCAAGCACGACGCUGGAUGCUUUCACUCCGACAGAAUUAUCGACCAGGUUCUCGAAGAAGGAUAUGACAUGUUUCCAGAAGGAAAAUAUUUCACAUUAGAAGACCGUCCUCGCACGUGGGACCUGACAGAUAUCCAUUUUAGGAAUCUCUUCAACAUGGUGCACGGCUCCGAAGAAGACCAUACGUGUGGCGCAAGACCAAUGCCAGACUGUGCUGACCAAAGUAUCGGUCAGGUUGAAUGUGAGUGGUGCCUAGGGAAUGACCAGGGCUCGGUGGAUGAAGCCAGAAGACGCCUCUCGAUGGAGAAAGAGACCCUCAGAAAAAAAAUGUAAUUGUUCCAACACUUUCUUUAAUUACAGAACUCGAGCAUGGGUUCAUAGCAUUUAAAUUGGGAACAAGUUGACUUUGUAAUCUGAUAGUCUUCUUCCCCUUCAGAAUCUUAUAUUGAUAGUAUUUGUGUAUGUGUACCAUAGCUCCAAUCGGUUAUAGCCCUUCUUUGUAUAAUCAUUUUCUAUGUUCAUUGGAGAUAUAAAUAUUGCUUCGACUAUUCCUUUGAUAUGUUUUCCUUACAUGUGUAUGACUUGUUAUAGUUUCUAUAGACCUGCACAUGCUCUUUCUAAAAUGUAUUUUUAAAAUAAUUAGGCCUAACUAAUAAUUAAAAUCCUAGAUUCUAGUUUUGAAUGUACUUGAACUUGAAGGGACAUAGCAACAGAAAUUUUGUCUUGUAUAGAAAAGGAGAUACUUUCAACAUACACAUUGAUAGAGAAUUACACCCUUUGUU